CCUAUAGGGGGAUUAGGGGCGAGUCCGUUUGCGCAUGCGCGCUGCAAAUCGGCCGAGGCACGCGUGUCGCGUCGCAUCUCAUCGCAUAGUAACGGGCAAUUUCCAGGUGAUACAGCGGAUGAAUCUGGAACACUAAACAGUCGCCAUGAAGCAUUUUCUAAGGGUGCUGACGCAGUUUCUCUUAUUUCUGUACUGCAAAUGUUUGUGGCGAGGUUUGAAGUUUAUCUUCAGGAAGGUGACAGGACGAUGUGAGCUGCAGCGGAUCUGCUACAACAACAAGCCUGGUGCUCGCCGGACCCUGAAGAUCGAAUCCUCGCUCAAAUGUUCUAAAAGGGAGCUUCUGCAGAAUGCUCUCAGCGUUCACCCAGAUGCCGUUGAAAAGACCAUAGAUGACAUCAUGGCCUUGAAAAAGAUCAACCCUGACACAAAUCCACAACUGGCCAUCUCUCUGCAGGCGAGCCUCUUCCAGAUUGUGGGCUACAGGAACUUGGUGCUGGAGGUGGAGAAGCUGCGCAGGGAGCCAUAUGACUGUGAAAAUCCUGAUCAUGAAGAGAUGCUUAUGAAGCUGUGGAAGACACUCCGUCCUGAUUCUGUCCUUACUGGACGCAUCUCUAAGCAGUGGUGUGAAAUUGGGUUCCAAGGCAGUGACCCCAAAACUGACUUUAGGGGCAUGGGCUUAUUGGGUUUACACAACCUACUGUAUUUUGCGGAGCACGACAAGGCCGCCGCUCUUCAAGUGCUGCAUGACUCUCUGCAGCCCAAACACAGGAACAUUUCCAAAGAGGAAGCCAGUAAGAUGAGCACAGCUGAGUGGGAGAAGCAGAAGUUAGACAAAGCUAUCGGAUACUCCUUUGCCAUCGUCGGCAUCAACAUCACGGACCUGGCCUACUCGCUGCUGGUGAGCGGAGCUCUGAAGACUCAUCUGUACAACGUGGCACCUGAGAUGCCCAGCCUCAUGCACUUCCAGCAGACCUUCUGUUAUCUGAUGCAGGACUUUCACCGAUUCUGGAUUGAGGAGGACCCGUGUGACAUCAUGGAGUUCAACCGAGUGCGCACCAAGUUCCACAAGCGCAUCCUGAGGCAGCUGAAAAACCCAGACAUGGCCCUGUGCCCUCAUUUCACUGCCUCUGAUCUUCACCUCGUCAACCUGUAGUACAUCACCUCAUCCCACACCUCUGACCUCUUCUCAUUCUUCACUUUGUCUAAGCUUUCUGUCAUCACUGCCGACUGGACGGACACACACACACACACACACACACACACACACAAAGUCAGUAUUUAUGGCUGUGCUGCUUUCUGUCAGACACAUAGAAAGCUCACUUUGUACACGCUAUUGUACACGAACAUUAUCUCUAUAGAAUUUAACACACCGUUAUCAACAGUUCAGACGUGCAAAACACUACAGCGUCAUAAAUAAAAGUGUUUCCUAUCUGAUUAGAUCAUGUGAAUAUAAGCUUCCGGUAAAGCUAAUAGAGAUUCAGCCAAAGGGACAUGGUGAUGGACAGUCAGUGAGGGCUUGUUAAAGCAGUAUUGGAACACCGCUUGUUGCAGAGACAUUCAUUUCCUUUUUAAUGGACACAUCAUUGACACUGAAAUAUUGUUUUUAUUUUAUUUUUGGUUUUAAUGAAAGAAUUCACCUUGGGUGACUAAUUAUGAUUUAAUGGGAUGUUUAAUGCCAUCCAAGAUUUAUGUUAGAGUGUAAAGUAACUUCUUCCGUUCGUUAGUUAAUGGAUUUCUCCUUUACCCACAAUGCUGUUUGACUGUGUGUACAUUGUGGUACAAUGAGAUUUAGUGGGAUUUUAUUUCUUGCUUGAUCUCUACAUAAGAGGGAGUAGGAAGUUUGUUAAAAACGACUGUCAACGGUAUCAUGGUCAUAAUCGAGUCUCUGUUGUGAUGCAGCUGCAUUGCAUCCUGGAACCUUGAGUCCAGCGUUUGCACCAGUGUCUCCACUACUUCCAUUAUUGUACAUUAACAUGAUGACUGGAAAAUGGUGAAUGAAAAAGAAGCUCAUGUUCUUCUGGUUUUAAUAUCUUACUUUAAAAAUCUGAACAUUAUUGCAAUAUAUUCGCAUCAGAAAUCACUAAACACGUCACAAAUCUUUUAAUCAGAUAUUCAGUGUUGAGUGAGUUACAGUGCUCCCUAUUGACCAGUAGGUGGAGCUUUAACUCCCGAGUCCAUUGUGGCACAGGGCACAUGAGCUAGCAGAUACCCGAUGCUUAUUUAGGUCAAACGAAUAGAAGCAGUUUACAUUCAGCCAGUUACAGUGUGCUUAGUGUGUGUCGCUCUUAUAUCUCUCAUCAUUUGUGAUUUCUACAUUUUUACGACAAAUAUUAACCAGAGAAGUUUCCGCUGCCAAGAGUUGUCGAAUUUUAAACUCUGCAAAAUGGUAAUAGUGAACAUUUUGUGAACAUCAUCGUAGACUAUUCAUGAUGCAUUGGUGUUGAUGUAAAGCCAUGGUCAUGGAAUGUUCUUGGUUUUGUUUUUUUUUUCUUUCUUUUUUUUGCCACCAAAGCAAUAAGUGACAUUUGAGAGACUCCUUAGUUUAUUUAUUUGUUUGUUUGUUUGCUGAGUCAUUCUAUUUACUCUGCUACUCUUAUACUCUUAUAACAAGCUUAAGCAUCUACUUACUAUUAAGAUAUUUUUUUUUCUCUGCGACUUUUCUUUCUCUGUAUAGACCCGGAAACUUGACACUCACAGGGUUUGCACAGUGACUUGUGUUUUCUUUCUGAGGUUUUUUUUUCUUCAGUUUAUUUGAAGAAAAAGAAGAAGCCUUAUUUGUAAGCUUUAUUUAUGUAUUUAUUUAUUUUAGCUCUGCUCUGUCGAAAACUAAUCUGACUUUCUUACAAUGUGAAUGUCGCCACUUUUAGCAGCGUUCAGUAUUUUCUUUACUUCAGGACUCAUUGUGCAUUGUGUGGUGUUUUUCAGCUAAACUGUAUAAGUACUGACAACCUUUUAAAGUUUUUUAAACGGUUAGGAAUUAGAAGCGCUUGCUAUACAUACUGCUUAAGAUGAAUUAGAUUUUCUCUUGAUAAUGAAGGCUCAUCUGUGUGCAUGGCUGAAUAUUCAUCUCUCUGUCUUUCUCGCUCAUUGGAUUAUUGGAUCAAAAGCUUAUGUCAUGAGAUUAACUUGUGCAGUGUGAAGGGUACUUAAAAAAAAACAUUAUCAGAGCUAUAUAUGUGAAAUAAAAAUGAUAUGGAAGGA